CAUAUUCUAACAGUCAAUGUUUCGCUUAUUGCGGAAUAACCGCUCACUCGUUGCAGUUCUAUCGCGGCGGUUGUUGUUGACGAAGCGAAUGGCGUCGUCUCUAUUGAUUGAGAACAAAAAAUACAGUUUCCUGAAGGACCUGGGAUUGGAAAGAGAGAACUCUGGUGUUUUCUAUGGACAGUGGCAGACUGGAGGGGAUAGGAAGGUUGUUACUUCGUAUUGUCCUGCAACUGGAGAGGCAAUUGCGAGAGUGACGGAGGCCACACUUGAUGACUACCAGAAGGCUGUCCUUGCAGCUCGUGAUGCAUCAAAACAUUGGAUGAAGGUCCCUGGUCCUAAACGAGGAGAGAUAAUGCGACGAAUUGCUCAUAGUCUCAGAGACAACCUCAACAAUCUGGGAAAGCUUGUGUCAUUAGAGAAUGGGAAGAUCUACCCGGAGGGUGUUGGUGAAGUGCAAGAGUUUGUUGAUGUUUGUGACUUGGCUGUUGGGCUGUCAAGGUCAUUUGCAGGCAAAGUAUUUCCAUCCGAACGUCCUGGUCACGCAUUGCUAGAGCAAUGGAAUCCUCUCGGCCUAGUCGGGGUGAUCACAGCAUUCAAUUUCCCUGUCGCACCAUACGGCUGGAAUGCAGCAAUUGGCAUGGUGUGCGGCAAUGCGAUGCUAUGGAAAGGAGCACCAACGACGAGUCUCACAUCUAUUGCUGUAACAAAGAUUAUGGAGCAAGUGUUGAGGGCAAAUGAUGUACCACCCGCUGUGUGUUCGCUUGUGUGUGGAGGGGCUGAAAUCGGAGAGGCGAUGGCGAAGGACGCACGAAUCGAUCUUCUCUCGUUUACAGGUAGCACGAAGGUUGGCAGACAAGUAGGAGUUGAAGUCCAGAAGAGAUUAGGGAAAUUGCUACUAGAAAUGGGCGGCAACAAUGCGAUUGUUGUUUUGGAUGAUGCUGAUUUAGACAUGGUGGUUCGGUCGGUGUUGUUUGCUUCGGUGGGUACUGCUGGUCAACGGUGCACGACGACCAGGAGAUUGAUACUUCAAGAGAAAGUUUAUGAUGAAGUGUUGGAGCGACUGAAGAAAGCAUAUGCCCAAGUGCCAAUGGGCAAUCCUCUAGACGAUGGUGUGCUUUUAGGUCCAUUGCACACCGAGCAAGCAGUCAAACUGUACCAAGAUACCAUUGAGGAAAUCAAACAACAAGGAGGCCACAUUGUGUAUGGAGGACAGAUUGUUGAUCGUCCUGGCAAUUACGUCGAGCCAACCCUCGUCACCAAUCUCCCACACGACUCACCCAUUGUCCUACGCGAGACAUUCGUUCCAAUCCUUUACGUCCUCAAGUGUUCAAAUUUCGAGGAAGGUGUGACAUGGAAUAACGAAGUCUCCCAAGGCCUUUCAAGCAGCCUUUUCACUAAAGAUGUUGGCAAGGUUUUCGAAUGGAUGGGACCGUUUGGCUCAGACUGUGGUAUUGUAAAUGUGAAUAUUCCAACUAGUGGAGCUGAGAUCGGAGGAGCGUUUGGCGGUGAGAAGGAAACAGGCGGUGGCCGUGAGUCUGGCAGCGAUGCAUGGAAACAGUAUAUGCGUCGAUCCACAUGUACCAUUAACUAUGGGAAGGAUCUUCCUCUGGCUCAGGGCAUACAGUUUGAGUGAAGAGGUGUUGAUGGCUUGAGUUAGUGUGACUUAGUUUGUAUGGGAUAGAGCGGGUUACUGGCUUGGACUGCGUUGAUUGCCAAACUUAUGUGCAGUGAAAUCAGAAGAAUAUAACGUUUGGAUGAUUUGUGUUUGGA